UGGCGCGCGGAACCGGCGCGCGCGCCUAGCUGGCGGGACCGUUAGCUCGAGGGGGACGCGGCCCGGGCCCCGUGGGGAUGGAGCAGUCGCCGCAGCCCGCGCCCGAGCCGACCCAAGGGCCGACCCCUGCAAGGAGCCGAAGGCGGCGGGAGCCCGAGUCGCCGCCGGCGUCGGCGCCGAUUCCUCUCUUUGGUGCUAACACUUUUGGCCAGAGAAGUCCUGAUGGACCGGUACUGAGCAAAGCUGAAUUUGUUGAGAAAGUUCGUCAGAGUAAUCAGGCCUGUCACGAUGGAGAUUUCCACACAGCUAUUGUUCUGUAUAAUGAAGCCCUGGCUGUUGACCCUCAGAACUGCAUCUUAUACAGCAAUAGAUCUGCAGCCUACAUGAAAAUCCAGCAGUAUGACAAGGCACUGGAUGAUGCAAUCAAAGCUCGACUUCUCAAUCCCAAAUGGCCAAAGGUCUUUUUGGCCUCAUUUAAUGGAACUUCUAGUGUUGCUGCUGCCUUGUGA